AUGAAUAAGCUUGGAAUCAUACUCCAAUACAAAAACUUUGCUUACGAUGGCGAGAAGACUUUAUUCACUGUUGGUCCUCUUCCCCAAGAAGAACUAGACUUCUCUGUCGUUCUUGAAGACAAGUCUUCUAGCAAAAGCAAAACCAAAACGUUCAAUGUUGUAAUCAGAUUUGCUACAAAAAUCUCAAGCCGAGAUAUCAAAAGUAUUCUUCAAGGAGACGAACCAAAUGAGCUUAAAGAUGCUGUAAGAGCAAUGGAUGCUAUCUUGCGCCAGAAUGCAGCUACAAGAAAUUGUCUUCUUGUUCGUCAAUCUUUCUUCGACACUAAGUACUUAUUAGACCACUUUGAAGGUGUUCAGCCAUGCAGAGGAUUCCAUUCAAGCUUCAGACCUACUCAGAACGGCUUAUCCCUCAAUAUGGAUGUUUCUACUACGUUGUUAGUAAGAGCUGUUCCUGUUAUUAAUUUCCUUGUUGAAAAUCAAAGAGUGAACCGUCCAUCCCUUAUCGACUGGAAAAAGCAAAAUCAAGCAAACGGGGUCGAUAAGAAGGUUGAGGUUACAGUGUAUAAUUACUUCACUAAACUCCUUCGAAUUGAACUGCGUGAUUCAGGUGACUUGCGUUGCAUCAAUGUUGGUAAGCUAACACGUCCUACUUACAUUCCCAUUGAGCUCUGUGAGCUUCUUCCUCUUCAACGCUAUACAAAAGCUCUUACAAGUUCCCAGAGGAGUAAAAUGGUCACGGCGUCAGAACAGAAUCCAAGAGAUAAGCUGAAUAUGUUAAACGAGGUAAGGUCUUUACAAUUUUUCGUUUAUGCUCUAAUUUUUCUUUUGAUUCUUAUUCUAACAUUCAAGUUCCAUUUGCAGGCUUUGCAGGGAAUUAAAUAUAAUGAUGACCCUAUGUUAAAAGAAUGUGGUGUCCGUAUUAGCUCUAACUUCACUGAAGUGGAAGGCCGCAUAUUAGCAGCACCAAAACUGCUGAAAGCAGGCAAUGGACUGAACCUUUUCCCUAAAGAUGGGCGAUGGAAUUUCAGGGGCAAGGAAUUUGCUGAGCCGGCUACAUUCCCUAGUUGGGCUGUUGUGAACUUCUCUCGGGGUAAUCCACACAGCCUUGUUGAUGCUUUAAUCAAACUUGGAAGGGAGAAAGGAAUGAAAAUACCUCCUUCGUAUGAAGUCUUUGAAGAAGACAAUCAGUUAAAGUCUGAAACUGGUACUAUAAGAGUGCAAAAAAUGUUUGAGUCUAUGAAAAAACAAUUCAAUGGUGCCCCACCACCAAACUUCAUUAUCUGUAUACUCUCAGAAAGGAAAAACUCUGAUGUUUAUGGUCCUUGGAAAAAGAGAACUCUUUUUCAAUGUGGAAUCGUGAGUCAGUGUAUUGCUUAUACCUCCAAUACAAAUGAGCACUAUCUAACUAAUGUUCUCCUCAAGAUAAAUGUCAAGUUUGGUGGGCUGAACUCUCUGUUAACUAUGGAUUGCUCACGAGUAACAACAAUUCCGACCAUCGUUAUUGGAAUGGAUGUGUGUCAUGGUUCUACUGGAUCUAAUGUACCAUCCAUUGCCGCGGUUGUGAGCUCGACAGGAUCGCCAGGGAUGUCAAAAUACAGGGCUUUUGUGCGUACACAGUCACCUAGACUCGAAAUGAUUGCUAAUCUCUUUGACCCCGUCCAUGGUAGUAACGAUGAUCAUGGUAUUAUGAGUAAUUUACUAUUAUUUCUUUUGUUAAACUCAAAGUGCAAUAAUAAUGAAUGCAGGGAUGGUGUGAGUGAAUCUCAGUUUGCCCAAGUUCUUACUAUUGAACUGGAACAGAUCAGGAAAGCGUGCAAGCUCUGGGAUGAGAAUUGGUCUCCCAAGUUUACAGUGAUCAUAUCUGUGAAAAGACACCACACCAGGUUCUUUCAGAGCAGAAGCCGUGAUAAGAAUGUUCCUCCAGGAACAAUUGUUGACAGCGGGAUCUGCAGCCCUUACAGAAACAAUUUUUAUCUUUGUGCUCAUACUGGAAUGCUUGGAACUUCAAGGCCAAUACAUUACCAUGUGCUCUAUGAUGACAUUGGAUUUACUACAGAUGAACUCCAAAAACUUGUUCAUUCUUUAUCCUAUGCCUACCAGCGGAGCACAUCUGCCAUCUCUCAAGUUGCGCCAGUAAUGUAUGCUCACUUGGCAGCUGCACAGAUGGCAACUGCGAUGUCGUUUGAGGACAACUCCGAGACUUCAUCGAGCCAUGGUGGGGCCACAACAUCUGAACAAGUACCUGUCCCUGUCAUGCCGAAGCUGCAUUCGAAUGUUGCUAAGUCAAUGUUCUUCUGCUGA